UGUGUAGGAAAGUAUGUUGAACGUCUUCGUGGUGCUGAAAAGAAAAUCGAGACAUUUCCAUGUCCCACAUGUCGCUCAGAGUUUACUCUCAAAUCAAACCAAGAUGUUGCUGAACUGCCAAGCAGUUAUUUCAUCAAGAAUAUGCUGGAAAUUAUGGCGAUUCAACAAAAAGCGAAAACAUCCACCACAUGUUCCCGUUGCCAAGAUCCUGCCAUUAAUCACUGCGCAUCAUGCGAAAUAUUUAUGUGUAAGAAAUGUUCAGGGUUACAUAAUACCUGGCCUGCCAACAAAAACCAUAAUACAUUAUCCGUACAGGAACUGGGCAAUCCAGAAAGUCAAGUAAAAAUGAGAAGCAAGCUUUAUUGUAUGAAGCACAAAGAUGAAGUACUCAAAUAUUACUGUGAAACAUGUAAAGAACUUAGCUGUAUAGACUGCAUGGUGUUGAAUCAUCAAAAACAAAACCAUUCGUGUGUGGCAGUGAGUGAACUCGCACAGAAGCAAAGAGAAACAUUGCAAUCAAGCUGUACAACACUUGAUGAGAAAUUAGCUGAAGCAAAGGAAGCAUUAAACAACGUUUGUGAGGUGAUGAAGUCUCUUGAAAGAAAUGCUAAAACUGCUAAAGAUCAAAUCAAAGAACAAAAGGAAAAUAUCUUGAAGAUUGUGGCAGAAAAACUUGAUGAGAGAGCAAAGAUGAUGAAUGACGACGUGGACGAGGUUUAUGGUGAAUUACACAGUGAACUGAGCAAACAACAUGAUGAAAUGAAAGAUUAUCUGGAUAAAGUCCAAGCUUCAGUGUCCUUGCCAAAAAAUCUCUUAAAGAGAGGAAGUAUCGAAGAAAUUAUCUCAUCGCAGAAAUUGAUUGAUGAGAAAAUCGAGAAGUUGAGCAAUCAGAAACCAGAGAAUUUGGCCGCAGUGAAUGAUGGUAGUAUUCAGUAUGUACCAGACGACAUUGGUAAUAUCAAUGUUGAUGGAAUUGUUGAUAAGUUGGGAUAUGUGGAAGGUAUGUGCAAUUUACGGUAUAUUACCGUCAUUAUAUUAUAGAGGUUCAGAUUUGACUUCCACUACCACUAACGGACGAUCACUAACGGACGAUCAACUAAUCAGAUGUGUUUGAUAGAUUCAAUUAACCAAUCGGAUAUCCACUAAGACAGUGAUAAGUAGUUGUAGCUGUAAUAGAAGUCAAAUCGAAACCUGUAUAAUAUUAUUGUCAGUACAUAAAUUAUUUUGCUUUACAGAAUAGGAAUGUUAAAGAUACACAAGAAUUCGUUUUCACCAGGAAUUUUUAUUUUUUAUGUCGAUUUUUAGGCUGGGUCUACAGACCUUUCAAGUUUCGCGCAAUUACCGUGAAAUUCCCGUAUUUUUGUUUGCUAUCACGCAUGAAAUGACUUUCUUUCCGCAUUUUUAAACUUAACUUGUCGAGGUUUCUUCCUGUGGGGCAAUUACUCCCAUUUCUUUUCAUUACUUGUACAAUGUUCAAUGCAUUCUUUUUGCCAACGCCAGUACCCAGAAGUCUUGAGAAGUCUUGAAAAUGUGUGUAUCAAUCGCAUAUCAAAAGGCGACAAAAAGCUGGAAGACUCCUGAGCCUGAGGAGGGCUAUUUUUGCCGUUUGAGAAGAAGCAACGCUAACAUUUGAUAUUUUUAUAGCAUGAACACAUAAGGUUUGUGCUUCGGAAAAGGCGGAAGAAAAACCUCUGAAAUUUCCCCAGGGCGCGCCAACUAUCGUGGCGCCAUGUCGACACUAACCUAAGAAAAUUGCCUUCCUGCAUAAAAGUUUUCAAAACUUGACAGGUCUGGAUCUAACUUAAAAAUGGCAGGAACUGUGCAGCUAAUUAAAUUUAGGUAUUUACUCAUAAUUGCCUAACAGGCUAACACUUCCUCGCUAGGAGUAAGAUCGUCUGGCGUUACACAGACCAAAGUACUGUUUUAAUAUACUGUACAUAUGAUCGGAGCAUUAGUGUAAAAAGAAAUGAAAAUGAAGAAAGGGCGCUAGAGGGUGAAUUGUAGCAUAGCGGAUUGACAAUACACAUUGACAAAUAGUCUUAUUAACUUCCCAGAGCCAAAAACUUUCUUUAUACGAGUAAAAUCGACGUAAAUAUUUGAAUUUCAGCAGCGUCAUUCCUGACGAUGACUGCAAGUUAGUCGAAACGUAGAAUAAAAAUGUUAAUUGUUUUAAAGCUGCCUAUGGCUGUGUAUAAUAUUAAAAUGUUGUUUAUUUACUCUAGUUUUAUUCCUAAUUUGGGGAAAUCGCUUUUUAUAUUUUAUUAAAUUUAGUUGCUAUUACAUAACAAAUAUCUGAAAUUACAUAACAGAUAUCUUGUAAAGAUCUUUUGUGACUUACAUAAAAUUCGUUGUUUACUGUAGGUUCUGUUUCUGCAAUGUACAAUCUUAUAAAAAAGUCAUCCAGUAUUUUGAAAGGAGAGAUUGCCUUCAUCAAGCAACUACAGAAAUGGUUGGGACGGAAGUGGAAAUGGAAUCUUUGUUACAGAUCUUCCAGGGAUGGUUGGAGUGCCCGAGAUUUCCACAAACAUUGUGACAAUAAAGGACCGACAGUGGUUUUGGUGAAGGCCAAUGAUUGUAUAUUUGGAGGAUACACUGACCAACACUGGGCAUCUCCAAGUAUGUAA